CCUGCAGCUGUAUUUCAACUUUGACUAUUUAUAAGAACGCUCAUAAAUGAAAGUCUGUAUUCUCUUGUGAAUGCAAGCAGACAUGAGGAACCUUACAGCGAUUUUAGGUUUGUGUUUGGUUGGAGCCAUCGUAGCAUUCAAAUGCCCAGAUUGGCAAAAAUAUGGAAAGCCACCUCCUACGUCUUGCAAAAAACCAACAGAUCCUCAAAAUCGACCUAAAUCAAAAAUAGAAAGCUGGUUUACUGAACAAAUUUUCAAUGAUUUGUUCCCUAAGGCAAAUAUUGGUCAUGGCCCUUCUGAUUGCCGUCCAUACAAUUACAAAGCUUUCGCCAUUGCUGCUCGAUAUUUUCCAAAAUUCGGAACAGAGCAUGUUACUACGGAUCCUGAAGGAAAUAGACUGCUAACAAGAUAUACGUCUCAAGAAACAUUCAAAAGAGAUCUUGCAGCUUUCUUUUCACAUGCUGUGCAAGAAACUGGUGAAAAUAACGGACAUUUGUACAAAACGUUGCCAAAACAACAAGCAGAAGAUUGUUUUUACAGAGGUGGAUUUUUCAACUGGUUUGAAGGUGGUCCAUCUUCACCUUUUGUUAUGAAUAAAGGAUUAGAUCCUUCAGAUGGCGUUGGAUGCGUUGCAGCUGCAAGAUAUUGUGAUCAAGGAUCAAAUAACAAUUGGUGGUAUCCAUGUAGUACAGAAAAAGUAGGAGCGUGGCAUAAGGGUUGUUAUUACGGCCGAGGAGCUAUCCAGAUCUCUUACAAUUACAACUAUGGCUUAUUCCAACGUUGGUUGAAGGAACAAGGUAUCACUGAUAAAGGAAAGCCAAUUGAUGUUUUAAAAAAUCCAAAUCUGAUCAUGACCAAGACAGAUCCGCCGCUCAGUGUAAUGGCGUCAAUGUGGUUCUACAUGACUCCGCAAAGUCCUAAACCUUCCAUGCAUGACAUUGUCAUUGGAAACUGGGUAUCACCUGAUCCUGAUUACAGAGGCGGAGUCUUUGGUCCAACAUCAUUGGUGAUUAACAACGAAUGUGGUGGCGAGGAUAAAUCUGAACCAGGUGGUGCUGGAGAGAGUAGAAGAAUAAAAGCUUUCAGAUGGUUCACAAAGUACUUCGGUGUUCCUUUCAACUCAGGCGACGCUAAAACGUUAUCCUGCAAGAAAUUCAAUGGUGGUUCCAGAAAAUUCAAAUUUCCCAAUGGUAGAAAAGUUGCAAAUUCUUGGGACGCCAACUGGAGGACUUCAUGGGAUCCAAGCAAGCCAUGUGAAUGUGCCAUGCAAACGUAUCAAGGCUACAUACCAGCUUACGACCCAGCAAUCAUGCCUCAUUUUGCAGAAGAGAACGCAAAAAACAAAAAAUGGUGCGAAGAUAUGUAUCGAGCAGGUUGGAAUAAACAAGGGUGUGCUGCAUACAAACCAUAAUUUAAAUUUUACUUAAAAAAAUAACAACUAAACUAUA